AUGUUUCGUCCUUCUAAAAAUACCUAUGAAUUAUUCAAUUUAGAUGAAAAUAAUCAUGGAUGGGAACGUUUUGGAGAAAAUCAUGGUGAUAAAUAUGCAGCUCCUGGAACAGAAUUUAAUGUUUAUGGUGAUGGUGUUUAUAUAAGUGAUUCACCUCUUGGGCCAUAUCGUUAUGCACCAAAUAAUCCUAUUUCAUACAAAUCAGACGGAUUUAUGAAUGGUGCUGGACAUGGUAGUACUGUAAUUGGACCUAAAAAUAA